GACCCUGUGACGUCAUUUUAGCAGAGCGCGCGACAGUCAAAAUCGAAACAGCAACAACCAGGUUGGAAUAGCAACAAAAAGCGUUUCUUUUUCACUUAUGGCCUCCAAGGUUUUAUCAAGUGUGAAAGAGUUUUUUAAUACACUCAGGAAUCUUCAAGAAGAUGAAAACAAUCAUUGUUACACUUAUGAGGAUGAGAUCCAAAUAUUGAAGAAGGAUGGAGAUAGAAUUGCCGCUCUGAAUUUAUUGGACUACGAGGACCAGGAAGUCUUCAUUUGUGAAAAAGCCCUUCCUAAAUUAAAAGAUUCUGAUGAUGAGUCGACGCUUGAGACAUCAAUCUGCACAGACGACAAUUUGUUAACCGCCCUUCAAACAGAACUGACACCACAGCCUCUCACCAUCACAAAAGCAAGGCAGAUGCUGUCCUGGUACACGUUAUCUCAAAAUGUCAACGUUCAUGCUGUGGAUGAUCCUGCCCUACGACCUCUGUGGGUACGAUGUGACAUGUCGGAUCCAGCUCGUACAACCUGGUUUGGAGCUGAAGGUGUCUGUGUGGCCAGUAAAAUGUCUGGUGUUAAAUUAUACUCUGUUACAUGCAAAGGCCCUGUGAACAAAAGUGCACUCCUAACUUUAGACGAGUUGAAACAAGAGCACAAGAAAAGGCACCACCCAUCCACGAUGGCAAUUAAGGGAAGCGCACGGUUCAACAUGUUUGGCUCCAUUGUGGUUGAAAACUCAAAAAUUGAAUCACAAAGCAGCGUGACAGUGGAUUUUAAGUGGAGCCACGUUGAGAAUGUCCUCGAGACACCCCCGCUGUCCUCCACAGCUACACUAAAUAUUAAAGUUGCCACUGGAGACAUGAGGAGCCCCAUGUUUGAGAUGUUCAGGGAGCUGCAGUUUCUUCAGGUUCUUGCUGAUGGUUUAAGAACUGGUGAGGUGGAGUGGUUGGAUCCUUUGGAAAGCAAGUCAGCAGUGGAUCUGACCACGGAGUACCUUGAAGAGCUACAGAGACUCACCAUGUCACAACAGGAGCAGGGUUCAAAACCACCACAGACAGACCCUGAAACCGACCCUCCGCUUUUUCACUCUUUCCUGGUGCGAGGUGAUUUGGAUUUUGUGGAGCAGCUGUGGGUUCGCCUGAGAAAGAGUGUUGUAUGCUAUCAAGACGUUAAAGACAGCCUGAAAUUGGUCAUCGAGGCCCUGACUUACGGCUACAUCAAGCCGUGGAUUCACAGAGACAAUAGCAGCUCUCUCUGCAAGCUCAUCCUGCAGCCUUACCACCAGAAGAUCGAGCACGUGUCGCUUACAGACCUCACACCUAUCCAAAUGUUGUUAGAAAUGGGCCUUGACAAGAUGAGGAAAGAUUACUUCAACUACCUCAUUGGGGAAGAAUUGACAACUCCAAACAACUUGAGUUAUUACCUGAACACAGAGGUGGAUCUGCAGGAGCAGGUUAUCCGACUGAGGAAACUGCACCAUCUCCUGGAAGUAGUUGUGACCUGCAGAACAUUCUUAGAUUUGCCCUAUGACAGACUCUUCCUCCUUACACAGUUGUGUUUGCAGCACUACAAAACUUCCCCCUAUGAUGAGACACAUGAGUUCCAACUGCAAAUCAAACCGGCGUUGAUCACUCAUUUCUACCAGAGUGAGCAUCCACUUGUGUGGGGAGUGGAAGUGUCCAGUGGGCAAGGGCCUCACAUGGUCAAGACAUCCUUACAGGUCAGCGACAGACCACUGGUUGAUCACGUCAUCUUUGAAACCGCAAAUGAAACAGUGAGCGACGAUAGCACAGAGUCUGUCUGCUUCUCCACCUUGGUGUGCUGCAGCCUUGUCAAUUUUGCCUGAAUUUACGCAACAAGGCAAUAGAAGAGGCGCUUCUUUUCAUUCUCAUUUUUUGUCAGGUAACUUAGCGCCACAAACCUCACAGGAAGAAUUUUGUCCCCUGGCAACUUCCACAACCUUGAAGCAAAAACAAGACAGUGGGGUGGGCGCGAUAUUUCACAGCAAUGUUUUAAUGGGCAAGAUUCAAAAAAUGUUCAGCUUUCUUUGUUAUGGCGAACACUUUUUCCACAUCAAAUUGAAAUUCAACCAAAAAGAAUGUAUUUAUGUGAACACACAAUCCAUUAAAUAUCUGAUUCACUU